UCACACUCACACACCCGACUCACACUCACACACCCGACUCACACUCACACACCCGACUCACACUCACACACCCGACUCACACCAUUGCUGGCUGUCUCCGUGGCCUAUCGCGUGGUCCCCGCGCUCCCCGCGUCUCCAUAGAGACCCCCCCCCCCCCCUCCCCUCUCCCCCUCCCGCUCCCCCUCCCCCCGCCGCGCCCCCUCCUCCCCGCUCCCAGCUGCUCCCGAUUCCUCCUCCGCGUGUGCUCGCGUGCAGCAGAGACGGUGGGGAGAUGAAAAAAGGCCGGGUGAAGCGAACUCACACUCUGGGAGCCAUCUUCACCAUUAUCUUCGCCAUCAUCCUCCUCUCGAACCUGCUGCCGUCAAGCUUCUGGGCUGAAUGGGCCCCCCGAUUCCCGUUCACGACCCCCCACAUGCCCCUGAGGGUCACGAGCGCCCGCCACUGCUCCAUGCGCAUCGUACCCCCACCGCAGUCCUCCCCCCCCUAUUCUUAUCGAGUGGGCGAUUUGCUCACCGUGUCCAUCGUGGUACGGGACUACAAUGGCAGCGCCAAGCUGCGCGGCGGGGACUACUUUCGCGCGAGGAUCCACUCGGCGGCGGAGGGAUACGGACGCGGCGGGGGGCUCGCCGGGUUCGCGGGGCUGGCGGGGCUGGCCAGCCUGGCGGGGUUUGGUGGGGAGGGGGACGGCGGAGGGGUGACGAGCGCCGCGGGCGCGGUGCGAGACCACGGGAACGGAACCUACUCGGCCACAUUCCGCUUGCUGUGGCCGGGCGCCACGGCCGUCUCCAUAUCGCUCGUCCACUCGCGGGAGGCCGUCGCGCUGCUCGCCCGCCUUCGUGACGAGGCGCCCGACAAGGUUUUUUUCUACGGCUACUUUGAGGGUGGGGGGCGCACGGAGCGCACCGAGUGCAACGCCGUGAAGCCGGGGCGAGUGCAUGGUGGGGCCGCCCGCGCAGACGAGGAGCAGGAGGUCUGCGAGUUCCGUGACGCGGGGGAGCGGUGGUUCUGCGUGAGGCCCCCCACUCUGCCCUGCUCCGCCUGGAGCUACCACUCCAUGGGGGGCUACCGCACCGUCACCACCAGGGCGGAGGACGCGCUGCUGCAUAGAUCUGUGACCGAUGUGCCGAUUGGUGGUGGUGACCUCACCAUCACGGUGCAGCCCUCGAAGCGGCACGCCUGCCCCCAUGCCGCCCGGGGCUGCCCCCCACCGCGACGGCGGUGGUGCCGAGCGGAUUCUACGUGGAGGGAGAGUGGCACUCCUUGGUGUGCGCCGCUCGGCGCUUCCGCCAGGCGGGCGCCGUGGCACGCUGCCUCCGGGGCCGCCGAGUCUUCAUGUACGGGGACUCCACGCUGCGCCAGUGGUGGCAGCUGCUCACCGACACCGCGCCCUGUGAGUGAGCCACGCGCGCUGAAGGUGGAGGCCAACAACGCUCCACUGCAGCUGGGGCCCCUGAUCGCCCGGGACCCCGAGGCCGGAGCCGUGGUUCUGUGCCGCUCCCACGGCCUGCCCCUGCGCUCCAAGCGGGGACCGGUAUCCUCCAUCCACUACAUCGCCAACGAGCUCGACAGCCUGCCCGGCCUGCCCGGCACGGUGGUGGUGCUCUCGGUGUGCGCCCACUUCACGUCGUUCCCCGCGGCGCUCUACGCCGGCCGCGUCGACCGCAUCGGCGCGGCGCUGCGGCGCCUGCUGCGUCGCGCCCCGCACACUCUCGUGCUCGUCAAGAGCGCCAACACCGGCUACCGCUCGGCGCACGGCUCCGAGUGGCUGGCGCGCGGCCUCGACGCGCUCAUGCGCCGCGCCCUGCGCCGGCACCUCGGCGCCGCCCUCGGCGCCACCGGCGGCGCCGGCGCCGGCGGCGGCGGCGGCGCCGUGGUGAUCGACGCGUGGGACAUGAGCGCGGGGCACCCGUCCCCCGAUGACAUCCACCCGGUGCGCGCGGUCGUGCGCGCCGAGGUGGAGCUCUUCCUGUCGUACGUGUGUCCUGACGAGGUGUGACGACGUGGCGACGAGGUGUGACGUGGCGACGAGGUGUGACGUGGCGACGAGGUGGAGCUCUUCCUGUCGUACGUGUGUCCUGACGAGGUGUGACGACGUGGCGACGAGGUGUGACGUGGCGACGAGGUGUGACGACGUGGCGACGAGGUGGAGCUCUUCCUGUCGUACGUGUGUCCUGACGAGGUGUGACGACGUGGCGACGAGGUGUGACGACGUGGCGACGAGGUGGAGCUCUUCCUGUCGUACGUGUGUGUCCUGACGAGGUGUGACGACGUGGCGACGAGGUGUGACGACGUGGCGACGAGGUGGAGCUCUUCCUGUCGUACGUGUGUCCUGACGAGGUGUGACGACGUGGCGACGAGGUGUGACGUGGCGACGAGGUGUGACGUCGUGACGAGGUGUGAAGUGACGACUAAGUGUCACGUGACGGAUAAGUGCGACGUGGCGACUAAGUGUGACGUGGCAAUGAGGUGUGACGUCAUGACGAGGUGUCACGUGACGGCUAAGUGUGACGUGUCGACUAAGUGUGACGUGGCGACGAGGUGUGAUGUGGCGACGAGGUGUGACGUCAUGACAAGGUGCGACGUGACGACCAAGUGUGACGUGGCGACGAGGCGUGACACGACGACGAGGUGUGACGUGACGACAUAACGCGACGAUGAUGGGGUGUGACGUGACGACAUGACGCGACGAUGAUGGGGUGUGACGUGACGACAUGACGCGACGAUGAUGGGGUGUGACGUGACGACAUGACGCGACGAUGAUGGGGUGUGACGUGUGGCGGGGAUGUAUGUACGAAUGCUCAACUCACUUUGCGCUGUACAUAGCCAAUCGUUGUAAUCGGGGGUGCGGAUGGGUGUGAGCUGUGAUGAUGCGUGUGGUGUGAUGUGAUGGGUUGGAUGUGAUAUGAUGGGAUGGUUGUGAUGCCGUUAUUUGGAUGUGAUGUGUGUGGGAUGGGUGUGAUGUUACGGGUGUGAUGUGAUUUGAGAUGCGACGGUAUGGGUGGAUGGGUGUGAUGACGUGAUGUGUGCGACAUGGGGUGUGAUUGGUGCAAGUGAGUUUGGGUGUCUUUGCCUAGGUUGCACAGUAGGGGGCACAGGUGGUGCGUCUGCCGGUCAUAUCUUCAGUCAGCCCUUGGCACUUGGGGUCUCUCCCGUGACCUGCCAGCGGCGAUCCUUCCGCACUUCGCCUGAUAGCCUGAAAGUGCACCUAGCUUGGCACAAGCGCUCCGGUGACAUUCCCACCACUUGGUGUGUUGCGUGGGGUGGGGGUGGCAGCGUAGUGGUUGGCGCACUGUGCUUCAAACCGCGCGGCCCGAGUUUGAUUCCCGCUCAGGGCAGAGACAUCGGUGACGUCUCUCUGAACUGGUAUUAGCGACGCCUCAACCCCCCCCAUCCCCCCCUAAGUCUGUGUGUAGACAUCACUGGGGAGCGCCUGUUGUUGUGGGUGGUGUUGUGGGGGUAGGGGGGGGGGCAGAUCACGUGACUCGCUUUCAUCAAUCUGUGCCAGUUAGCACACACACACACAGCGUGAUCACAGCGUGGGAGGUUUUGGGUUUGUGUUUUUACGUUAAAAGACCUUCGCAGCAAAACCCACUACAGCUCCCAGUGAAAAUUCCACAAGCAGUGUUGACUUCCCCCACAGUGUUACUCAAUUUAUCGACCACCCCGGCCCUCCGAUUGUGAGCCGCUUGCUUCACCGCCGAGACACGGAGCGGGGUUCCCGUGGGGUCGCGUAGCGCGUGCAGGAGAGCUGUGGAGCUGUUUAUCAGAAGCGACCUGGCCAUCAACGAAUGAUGGCUCAUCGAAGUGGCGUAUUCAUCGUCACGUGGAAAUGUACAGCAACAGCUGAACGCUCCUGAACGCGCGAUGUUCAUUCUAAAAUGUGGAGGGGAGAAGAAUCACACGCGACCGCCACGGGACACGAGAGAGACACGCAGACUCCAAAUAUACAGCAGCAGCAGGCCGGCCGGGGUCGGGAUCGAACCCACGACCUCCUGCAUACCAGGCGAUGGAGAUAACAUCCCGCCACAUCGGCGCCCUAUCGUGUGCAUCCCGGUCGCGGGUGGGGGGGGGGGGGCGAGGAGCGAGCGAUUGAAGGCGGAACGGAGUUUGGUGGGGGAGGCGGUGAGGUGUUAAACACUUAUUUUGUGUGAUGCAGAGAGACAAAUGGGAUGAGGAGGCAUCAUUGAUUUUAUUAUUCAAGGCCUGGUCGGGCCGACACCCUUCGUCCAGGCCGCGAGAACGCAACCCUGGACCGACGAUCGUCGUCAUCGUAUACCCCCUCCUACCCACAAUGCUCUUGCACGAUUCCCUGCAAAUUAAAUCUACAACUCAAAUCAACAAUC